ACUUUCUUCACUUAAUCAAACUCUCAAACUCCUUAUUCAAACUCCGAAUCUAUUUCCAGAAUUCUCCAACAACUGAAAACCACCACAUUGCCCAAAUUCCAAAUCGCGAUUGAAGUUUGUUCUAUCUCGCUUCGAACAGACAUUUGGAGAAGCUUAUGGGAGUCGAACGUUGGCACUAGAGUCACGCGCGGGGGAGUUGAACGGUGACCGGAAUAGAUUCUAGGGUACGCGUGUAAAGUGAUUAAAAAUCAAGAGUAGGAUAUGCGAUAGAACUUCGUCAUCCAUAGGGCAAGUUGUCUACCUCUUGCUAUUUCAACUUUAAUGCGAUCUACUGCGAAACCAUGUUGGUUGUCAUGAGAUAUAAACCAGGUAUGGGAAUCAGUAAAACAGAAGUAAACUUAAGGAGGUUGCUUGCAGCUGCUCCUCAACAGCAAAACCAGGCAAAACUGGUGCAUUAUGUUGCUACUUUACGUGAACAAUUGGAGCAAUUGGGUGAAGAAAAGACACCGGAGGGCUUACCAAGGAUUUCAAAGGCUACGUUAAUUGAGUACUCAGAGAAGGUUGAAGCCAUUGCUUCCAAACUAGUUAACCACGUGGCUGACCAACAAGUAUCCGAGAAGGCUUUUGAGACGAGUUUUGUUAAAGAAAACCCUUCUGAAAUUGAGGGAAAAAAGCAGAUACCCCUUUCUUCUGGGUUGAGAAGAAGACCUGUACCCACAUCAUACGCAGAAGAUAAAGCACACGACCUUGCUGAGACUGACAAUACAUCACCUGUCAAACUGGAUGCUAGUGCACAUGCACACAUUGAAAAGCACAGAAUGCUUCAAGAAGAUUUGACUGAUGAGAUGGUGGUGUUGGCAAAACAACUUAAAGAGAGUAGUCUCAUGAUGAGCCAGUCCCUGCAAAAUACUGAAAAGAUACUUGAUUCUACUGAGAAGGCUAUUGAGCAUAGUUUGGCAAGCACCGGCCGGGCGAAUGUGCGAGCAACGGCAAUCUAUUCCGAGAGUUCCAAGACUUCUUGCUUAACAUGGCUUGUGAUGUUUGUGAUGACAUGCGUAUUUGUCAUGGUUAUUCUUCUAAUCCGUGUAACAUAGUUCACUUCUGUUUCACUGGGUGAAACAAAUAACUUCCAAUAUAACUUCUCCUAUAAUGUAAAUUUUUAUAUUUCGUUUACUGAUAAUGAAUUUUGAAAAUGUUGACAUAACCAAAUAAAAUUUUCUAAGGAAGUGUUUUAAA